GGCAGCCGGUUCCGGCGGAAGCGGUCCCGCUGUUGCCGUUCCGGGUGCGCAGCUGCGCGGUGUCAGCGGCCGCCGCUCCGCUCCGCCCGGCCCGGUCUCGUCCCCGGCCUUGUCCCUGUCCCAGCCCCGGGCCCGGCCCGGCUCCGCCGCCGCCAUGUCGGUCCCCAGCGCCCUGAUGAAGCAGCCGCCGAUCCAGUCCACGGCGGGCGCCGUGCCCGUCCGCAACGAGAAGGGCGAGCUGUCCAUGGAGAAGGUGAAGGUGAAGCGGUACGUGUCGGGGAAGCGGCCCGACUAUGCGCCCAUGGAGUCCUCGGAGGAGGAGGACGAGGAGUUCCAGUUCAUCAAAAAGGCGAAGGAGCAGGAGGUGGAGCCCGAGGAGCAGGAGGAGGAGCUGGCCAACGAUCCCCGGCUCCGCCGCCUCCAGAACCGCAUCGCCGAGGAUGUGGAGGAGCGGCUGGCGAGACACCGCAAGAUCGUGGAGCCUGAGGUGGUUGGAGAAAGUGACUCGGAGGUGGAGGGGGAGGCCUGGCGCCUGGAGCGGGAGGACACCAGCGAGGAGGAGGAGGAGGAGAUCGAUGAUGAGGAGAUCGAGCGCCGGCGUGGGAUGAUGCGACAGCGAGCACAGGAGAGGAAAACAGAGGAGCUGGAGGUGAUGGAGCUGGAGGAUGAGGGUCGCUCUGGAGAGGAGUCUGAGUCAGAGUCUGAGUACGAGGAGUACACGGACAGCGAGGAUGAGAUGGAGCCACGCCUCAAGCCCGUCUUCAUCCGCAAGAAGGACCGGAUCACGGUGCAGGAGCGCGAGGCAGAGGCCCUGAAGCAGAAGGAGCUGGAGCAGGAGGCCAAGAGGAUGGCGGAGGAGAGGCGCAAGUACACGCUGAAGAUCGUGGAGGAGGAGGCCAAGAAGGAGCUGGAGGAGAACAAGCGUUCUCUGGCGGCGCUGGACGCGCUGGACACGGACGACGAGAACGACGAGGAGGAGUACGAGGCCUGGAAGGUGCGGGAGCUGAAACGCAUCAAGCGGGACCGCGAGGAGCGAGAGGCGAUGGAGAAGGAGAAGGCGGAGAUCGAGCGCAUGAGGAACCUGACGGAGGAGGAGCGCCGCGCCGAGCUGCGGGCCAACGGCAAGGUCAUCACCAACAAGGCAGUGAAGGGCAAGUACAAGUUCCUGCAGAAGUACUACCACCGAGGAGCCUUCUUCAUGGACGAGGAUGAGGAGGUUUACAAGAGGGACUUCAGCGCCCCCACCCUCGAGGACCACUUCAACAAGACCAUCCUGCCCAAAGUCAUGCAGGUCAAGAACUUUGGACGCUCAGGGCGGACCAAAUACACGCACCUGGUGGACCAGGACACCACCUCCUUUGACUCGGCCUGGGGCCAGGAGAGUGCCCAGAACACCAAGUUCUUCAAGCAGAAGGCAGCAGGCGUGCGGGAUGUCUUCGAGAGACCCUCGGCCAAGAAGCGAAAAACCACCUAAGGGCAGGGGGGCUCCGUGCUUCCCGGGGACAGCAGGGACAGCAGGUGGCAUGGGGACUCCUGGGGUGACCAACCUGCAGUGCCACGCCCCCCAUGACACCGUGGGCUCCUGCCCCAGUGCUGCAGGGGAUGGCGCCCGAUGUGGCCCUACAGGCACCUGGGAACAGCCCCACCACUCACCAUUCUGGAGGAGUUCAUGGACUUUUGAACCCUGUCACAUUGAUCUGCCCUGGAGCUGGGGUCCCCUUUGGUGUGGGACAGCAGUGACCUCGUCCCCUCCCCAUUUCCACAGGGCUUGGCUUUUACACCUGCGUGGGGUGGGGGAGUUUUGAUUAAAUCGUCCUUUUCUUAGGU